AUUAAUGGAUGAGGUGGUUGAAGAAAUUGGAGAGGAGAAUGUUGUCCAAGUAGUGACUGAUAAUGAAGCUGUAAUGAAGGCAGGAGAAAAAUUAUUAAUGCAGAAGAGGCCCAAUCUCUAUUGGACAGCAUGUGCAGCUCAUUGCAUAGACCUUAUUCUUGAAGAUAUUGGUAAGAAAAGUAACGUGAAGAAGGUCUUAGAAGAUGCAAGAACAAUAACCUCAUUUAUUUACAACCACACAUGGACAGUGACUUUCAUGAAGAAAUUCACAAAUAAUAGAGAGUUACUUCGCCCUGCCAUCACUCGAUUUGCCACAAAUUUCAUUGCUUUGGAGACUAUUGUCAGGCAUAAACAAGCACUAAGGGAAAUGUUUACAUCUGAUGCUUGGAAAAACUCAAGGUUUGGAAUGGCAAAAUUAGGCCGAGCAUAUGAUUCAAAGAAAAUUAUCUUAGGUAAAGAGUUUUGGCAAAAGGCCUCUGAUAUAAUUAAAGUGUAAGAACCCUUGGUGAAAGUUCUUAAAUUGGUUGAUGGUGAUGAAAAACCAACCAUGGGUUUCAUAUACAAGGCAAUUGAUAGGGCGAAAUUGGCCAUUCAAAAAGAUUGCCGGUUUUACAAAGACUAUUGGAAAAUUAUUGACAACCGGUGGAGUUUUCAGUUGCACCAAGAUUUGCACGCUGCUGGUAAAUGUAAAUCAAAUACAAUUUCUUAUUAUUUUAACUUUUAAAUUAUGCAUAGUUGCAUUAGAAAACUAUUGAUUAAUAUGUUUCUAAAUUUAAUUAUAGAGUAUUUUUUGAACCCAUAAUUUCUUUAUGGUGCCCCACCCUCUCCUGAAGUUGCUAGAGAAGUCAUGAAUGGAGUUAAAAAAGUGAUAACCAAGUUGGUACCCGAUAUAGAUACUCAAAUUCGGGCUAUUAAUCAACUGUUGCUAUAUCGAGAUAGGCAGGAGACAUUUGGAACCCCGUUGGCUCAAAGGGCAAUGAAACAAACAAAUCCUGCUGAAUGGUGGAUUCAUUAUGGCUUGUGUGCUCCUGAGCUCCAAAGAAUAGCAAUUAGAGUUCUUAGCCAGACCACAUCAGCUUCGAACUGUGAGCGUAAUUGGAGCACCUUUAGCCUCAUCCAUACGAAAACAAGAAAAAGAUUAAAGUACAUGAGACUACAAAAAUUUGUUUUCGUACAUUACAACAUGAGGUUAAAGUUAAGACGUACAAUGAGAAGAAGCCAACGAGAAAUUGAAGAGAGUUUCAAUCCUAUCAAUUCGGACUACAUUUUCGAAGAAGAUGAUCUUUUAAGUCCAUGGUUAGAGGAGAGAGAGACACCAUUACUCAACGGUCAGGACAAUUCAAAUUGGUUAAAUGAAGAGGUUGGUGGUACUACAGAAGGAGGUGAUCAACCACCAAUAAACGCACAUGAUGAUUCAAGUUCAAGCCCUAAAUGUACACAAAGUCAUGACAAUCUUGGUUUGAGCCCACCAAGUGAUGAUGAUGGUAAUAGUGGUGCUGGAGCUGGGGUUGGGGGGGGGGGUGGCAGUGGUCGUGGUGGAGGCGGCGGUGUAGAAUAUAAUUAUGGAUAUGAUACAGGGACAUCAUUUGGAAGGAAUAUAUAUCCUUCUGAUCCUUAUGGACUACAUGACAUACCUGAAAAUUAUGACUUGGGUAUUCCUUCAGGGAACCAAUCUUCACAACCCAGGAGAAGGAGUGCUCGUGGUGACCCUAGCGAUUCUACUGAAGAUUCAUAUGGUGUGGUUUGUAGUUUUGGCGACUUUGGUUUAGAUGGUUCAUCAUCACAAUCAUAUGGAUCUCAUCCAGCAUAUCCACAUUAUGCAUCUUGUGACUCACAUUUUUAUCCCAGUGGAUCAGGAAUCUAAGGAUCUAGUGAGUCUUCUUCUACACACUACCCAGAGCUAGCCCCUGCCCCAACUUAUAGACAUUAUUCAGGAGAAUUUUCAUCACCAGUACAUUUUCAAGAGCAACAACAAAAUGACGCAAACUUGGGUUCAUUCAACUAUGUAUUUCCACAAGGAUUGGGAGAUAAUUUCCCAUCCCAAUCUCAAGAUACAGAUGCAAAUUAUGAAGACCCUCUACGUCAUUCCUUUUGGUGGUGACAUGUGUUAUGUUAUAAAUUUGUAAUAUUGUAUUCAUGUAUUUUCAACUAUUUAUUGAUAUUUGAUAUUAAUCACUUUUUAAAUUCAU